AUGACGCCAAUAGCAGCCUACCUCAACACUGGGGAACUCCUAGAUAAUCGAAAUGAAGCUCGAAAGAUGAGAAGGAAGGCUGCACAAUAUAUCAUAGUAGAGGGAAUUAUGUACAGACGAGGGUUCUCCAUGCCGUUGCUCAGAUGUGUUACUCAAGAAGAAGCUCUACGACUUUUAUCUGAAGUGCACGAUGGAUUUUGUGGAAAUAACGCUGCCGGGCAGAGUUUAUCUAAUAAAGUUAUAAGGCAAGUUUCGGACAAUGGCAAACAGUUUGACAGCCAGUCCUUCACUGAUUUUUGUGCGAACCAUGGUAUCAUCAAAAGUUUCUCCGCAGUGGCGCAUCCCCAAGCUAAUGGUCAAGUUGAAGCAGUCAACAAGACCCUUAAAGAUACACUAAAAGAAAAGACUCGAGGAUGCUAA